UUGUUCGGAGCAGAACCACAGCAAAUGGCCUUCCAGCAGCUGGAGAGCUGGAAUCCUGACUCGAUCUGACAGAAGUAUGAAUAGCACAGAGAACUGGCUGCCUAAUGGGUCAACUCUAGCAUCCCAGAUCCAUGCUGCAGCGGUCAAUGGAGAUAAAGCUGCAUUGCAGAAGCUAAUAGUGGGAAAUCCAGAUUUCAAAGACACAGAGGACCAGUUUGGCCGUACACCACUCAUGUACUGUGUGCUUGCUGACAGACUGGACUGUGCUGAAGCACUUCUUAAGGCAGGAGCUAAUGUUAACAAAGCAGAUCGAGGUCAGAGGACAGCAUUACAUCUUGCGGCACAAAAAGGAAAUUACCGCUUCAUGAAGCUGCUGCUUAGUCGUCGAGCAAACUGGAUGCAGAAGGAUUUGGAAGAGAUGACGCCACUUCAUUUGGCCACACGCCACAAAAGUGCUAAGUGUUUGGCUUUGCUACUGAAAUUUAUGGCACCAGGAGAGGUUGACACACAGGAUAGAAACAAGCAAACAGCUUUGCACUGGAGUGCUUACUACAACCACCCCGAGCAUGUGAAGCUACUGAUAAAACAUGAUUCCAAUAUAGGAAUUCCAGACAUUGAGGGCAAAAUCCCACUCCAUUGGGCUGCCAAUAACAAAGAUGCCACAGCCAUUCACACUGUGAAAUGCAUUCUGGAAGCAGCUCCAACCGAAUCACUGCUGAACUGGCAGGACUAUGAAGGGCGAACACCAUUGCAUUUUGCUGUUGCUGAUGGAAACAAAGCUGUAGUUGAUGUGUUGACGCUAUACGAAGGAUGCAACAUAACUUCUUAUGAUAACCUAUUUCGAACACCUCUUCAUUGGGCAGCUUUACUAGGUCAUGCUCAAAUAGGACACCUUCUUCUGGAAAGGAACAAGUCUGGCACUAUUCCAUCGGAUAGCCAGGGAGCUACACCAUUGCACUAUGCUGCUCAGAGCAAUUUUGCCGAGACUGUUGAAGUAUUUUUGAAUCAUCCAUCCGUGAAAGAUGAUCCCGACCUGGAGGGACGAACUGCAUUUAUGUGGGCUGCAGGAAAGGGUAGUGAUGAUGUCAUGCGGACAAUGCUGAGGCUGAAGUCAGACAUUGAUAUUAACAUAUCGGACAAGUAUGGCGGAACAGCUCUGCAUGCUGCUGCACUGUCAGGUCACGUCAGCACAGUGAAGUUAUUGUUAGAAUACGGAGCCCAGGUAGAUGCCUUGGACGUGAUGAAGCACACACCACUUUUCCGGGCCUGUGAGAUGGGACACAGAGAGGUUAUCCAGACACUCAUAAAAGGUGGUGCCAGAGUGGACCUGGUUGACCAGGAUGGUCACAGCCCUUUGCACUGGGCUGCCCUUGGAGGAAAUGCAGAUGUGUGUCAGAUAUUGAUUCAGAAUCAGAUUAACCCCAAUGUGCAGGAUUAUGCUGGGAGAACCCCUCUGCAGUGUGCUGCUUAUGGAGGCUACAUCAACUGCAUGGCUGUCCUCAUGGAAAACAAAGCUGAUCCCAACAUACAAGACAAAGAGGGACGGACGGCACUGCACUGGUCCUGCAACAAUGGUUACCUGGAUGCUGUGAAGCUGUUGCUGGGAUACGAUUCUUUUCCCAAUCAUAUGGAGACCAAUGAAGAGAGGUACACACCCCUUGAUUAUGCCUUGCUUGGAGAACAUCAGGAAGUGAUCCAGUACAUGCUGGAACAUGGAGCUCUCUCUAUUGCUGCAAUUCAAGAUAUUGCUGCUUCCAAAAUUCAAGCUGUGUAUAAAGGUUACAAAGUCCGCAAAGCUUUUCAGGAGAGAAAAAAUCUGCUCAUGAAGCAUGAACAACUGAGGAAAGACGCUGCCAAGAAGCGUGGAGAAGAGAAAAGGAAAGAGGCAGCGCUUCAGAAGGAAAAAAGGAGUUUAGAAUCCCAAUUGGAUGCAGAGAAACCACCUGGGAAUCUGGAGCUUGUCUGCCCUCCUCUGAAUAGGAAAAACUUUUGCAGCUCCACUUCAGAAUGUGACCAAUUGGAGCUGAGAAUAGGGACCGAAUCCAACAGACUAUUUAAAAGCCGAUCUCAGCAAACAUCUGGCACAGAAUCUCCACUUCGAUCUCUCGAGACUACAGGCACCACUCAGAGUCGACCUCCAACUGCAGAAACUGAGACAGGGGAGACGAAAAGGAAAAAAGAGCGACCCAGAAGUUACUCCAAGAGCAGUUGUAUCGUUGAUCACCAACCCACCUGUGCAGAAAACACCUCUGUUCAACCGCAUUCUUCAAGACAGUUGAUUCCUUCAGAAAGUGGAAGUGAUAGGACUGGGAGUGAAAGAACACUCUCCAAAACUACUAAUAGACUCAAAGGCAGGAAUCCCAAACGUGCUGGGUUUAGGUCAGCCAGCACAAUGAAAAAAAUGGUCAAACCGCCAAGUGCAUCACCAUCAAUGGAAAAUGGAUACCAUAUACCAGGAAUACCACGAGGACUUGGAGGACCUGAUACAGGACUGAAGUGUGGUCGGUUCUCACCUGCUGGCUCCAGCCGGCCUGGAAGUGCAAAACCUGUUGUCCUAAAUAGUGUUGAUACUGCUGACUUUACCAUGCAUAAUGGUAACCAGACUUCUGACAUUAAUGUUCCUGUUCUUGACAGUUCUACACCAAACAUACCAGCCAAUGAUUACCUAAAUGGUACCAACGAAAGUGCACAAGACAGAAUGAGCAUUUCUCAAUCUCUUUUCACAGAAGACAACCCUCACAUUUCCGUGAAGAGACACAAUUUAAAUAUUCAGCUUAUUCCAUUGGAAGUCCGGUUACGAUUAGUGGAAAAGGAGAGAAUUAGAAAGGAGCUUUUUCGAAAGAAGAACCAGGCAGCUACAGUGAUACAGAAGGCAUGGAGAAGUUACAAGAUACAUAAAGGACUGUUACAGAUCUUCCAUGAGCGUCAGAAGAAUGGGGUCAGUGGUAAUGAUGAUGAGACAUGGAAACAGGAGCUGGCUGCCUUCACUGUCCAGCUGGUUUGGAGGAAGUAUCUGGAUGACAAUGAGCUGCAUGUCAUUUCCACCCAAAACAUCAAAACAUUCAGCAACAAGAGUUCCCGUAUCAAGACAGCCAAGCAACACACAGUCUUAAAGCAAAUUUAUGGAAAUACACAGAAUGGAAAAGGGUGCAAUGGCCGGCGAUCUUCCACUUUAAGGAGCGGACAAGUCUAUGUUCAGCUCCAAGGAACCUCUGAAUCCCAUGUGAAAGAUACAUUUCAAAGAAACCGCUCAGCCUGCAACACCCUUCUUAAUGUGAGGACCCACACUCAACUUAUGCUUCGCCAGACUCACUUGAGUGACUUGCAACAUGUUCAACGAUUGGUAAACCUAAAGAAGUCCAAAGAGUUCUCGUACAACAUGAGGCCACACACUUCAACAAAGACCCACAAAGCCAGAACAAAAGAAUGAAGAUGGAAGACAGACUAUACUUGUUACUGGUUGCAUUAUAUACUAAGGAAAAACAAUCCACAUGAGUCAACGUGCUUGAAGGUUGUACCAAUAAUCUUGUGCUAUUUUAAUCACUUCAAAUGACUCCCACCACAAGCAGUGACAAACCCGUACACCCAGUUUUAUAGAAGGCUGGUGUUAUACAAGCUUAGAAUGCUCUCUCCAAAUAAUCUGUUUGAAAGGGCAAGAUCUAGGAUUAUAAUAAUAAUCCUUACAUUUGAUAUAUCGCUUUUCAAGUCUUCUUGACGUCUCAAAGCGCUUCACAAAAUAUGCUGUAAAGUGAAUUGACUGUAUAUUUAUGGGCGAAACGUAGCAGCCAAUUGCGCACAGCAGCGUCCCACAAACAGUCGUGGAUUGAAAGUGACCUUUUUAUAAUUAUUAUUAUACUUCAAACUCUCUUCACAUUUCAAGUGGAUACAACACAAACAUUUCAGAUACCUUGGAAUAAGAAUAAGGGAGGGGAAUUGUGAUUGACAGCUGAGUUACUUGUGAAUAUUUGUGCUCCAGCCGUUCACAAACAGCUGUAAACUGUCAAUCACCUCUAAUCCACCCCACCCACUUCCAGUCCAACGGCAGGGAGAGCUGUUGCUGGUCCUCUGCUGGGUGGGAAUGAUAUUUCUUCUAACCUCAGACAACUCUUAAGCCGGACAAAACAGCCUUCCCCGAUGUGUCCAUCUUAACUAGCUUCCACUGUGUAUAUAAAAAGGUAUUUUCUUAGCAGGACAUCCAUUGUUUUUCAGGAAUUCAGCUCCUCUUUCAAAAGCAUUUCUGGUCACAAAUAUAAUUUACGUAUAUUAUUUAUAAUCUGUGUAUAAACAAAAUGCAUGGAACUUUACUCAUGUUCCACAUAACUGUGUUAAAGGUCUCUCAGGUACUCAGACUUAUGGGUAUUUGUUAACUGCUACAAGUUUCCUUCUGUUACUAUUGCUGCACAUAAAUAGCACAAACCCAAGAUUUGUCAUUAAAAUGACUCCUGUAAGCAGCCAUUUACAUUAAUUUUCUGAACUCUGAAAUAUGCCACUGAAUCAGAACUCUGUAAGGUCCCUGGUAGCAUCUAAAUGAUGAUUGUUUGCAAGAGGAAACCACAUGCUCAGUAUCAAAAAACAAUGCAAAUGAAGUAAUCCAUAUUUUUGUGACAAGCAGCUUCCGGUGUGUGCUGUCACACAAAGGCAAAUAAUACAUUUACAUCCAUUGGAGCUUUAUCAACCAUCUCAUCUACCCUCAAUGAUGGGUUUCAACAAUUUACAAGAUCGCAUUGCUAUUUAUUACAUGAUGAUUCACCUUUGUUGAACUAUGUAUGUAAAAUAUGUAUCCAUCCUGUAGAUAAACAUAUUUUGUAUCAAAUACUUCACAUUGUAACAUUUAUUUUUGUAGUUUUUUUAUAUAAAUGCAUCUACUACAU